CCUUAUCUGCAGAACAAAUUUAAACCUCCCGUAUUCAUCAAUACAACCAACCACCCACCCAACCCCAUGGAAGCCGUUCGGGUGAUCUCCACAACUACAAUCCGACCACAAAGCCACCUUAUUCAUGGUGAUUCACCUCAACAAAUCGAUCUCAGUCCCUGGGAUCUUCAUUUUCUACUUGUCGAGUAUGCUUAAAAGGGGCUUCUUUUCCACAAGCCUGCAAUAUCAUCGUCUUCAACACACACAGACACGGUGAUCCAUCAUCUUAAGGACUCGCUUUCUUCCACCCUCGACUUCUUCCGGCCACUUGCCGGCCGUCUUGAGGUCGUCGCCCAUGACGACAAUGAUGAUGCCUUUUCUGUCUUCAUCACUUGCAACGAUGCCGGAGCAAGCUUUGUUCAUGCCACGGCGGAGAACACUACAAUCGCCGACAUCGUUGAACCCUCCUAUGUUCCUCCAUUUGUCCAAUCCUUCUUCCCGCUUAGCAAAUCUAAGAACUUCGAAGCAACUCGGAUUCCACUAAUGGCGGUUCAAGUCACAGAGCUCGUGGACGGCAUCUUCUUUGCUUGCUCCAUGAACCAUUGUCUUCCUGAGGUGAAGUCAUUUUGGAAUUUAUUGAAUAUAUGGGCUCAGAUCACUCGAAAUGGUUCAAAUCACAUAGCUUCAGACUCAAAGCUCGCUUCAUUUGAAAGAUGGUUUCCUCAUAAUAAUAUUGAGCGGCCCAUUCGAAUCCCAUUCAGAAAAAUAAUGGAGAAUUAUCGCAGGGAGUCAAUUAACUCGCUUCAACCACCUCCAUUUCCAAGGAGGAUAUUCCACUUUGAAGCGGAAAAAAUUGCAGAACUCAAAGCGAAAGUUAAUUCAGAGGAAGAAGAUGGUGUCAUCAGCAACAAAAUCUCCUCCUUGCAAGCUAUCCUAGCACAGGUUUGGAGGUCAGUGAUCAAAAACCAGAAUCUUGAUCCAGAAGAAGAAGUUACUUACAGAUUUCUUGUAGCUGCUAGAUCUAGAAUUUCUCACCCACCAAUACCAGACAAUUAUUUUGGAAUCACAGUGCGUUUUGCUACAGUGACGAUGAAAGUAAGGGAUUUGGUGGGAGAUGGAGGACGUGGGAGGUUUGCUUUGGAGAUGAACAACAUGGUCACUUCAUACACAGAAGAAAGGAUUAAGAGGGACUUUGAAGCUGGGGUACAAAUUCCAACGAUGCGUUCACUACGUAGCAGAAUCGGGAAGAUCAUGGGAACCAGCAGCUCUCCUAGAGUCAACUUUUAUGCCAUUGACUUUGGCUGGGGACGGCCAGUGGCGGUUCGCGGCGGCCCGGCCAAUGCAAAGUCGUGGAAGCUAAUGGUCGAUGCAGGAAUAGAAGAAGGUAGCUUGGGCAUUGAGCUUUCUGCCUCCUGUGAAUUACUGGAAGCUUUGGGAAAAGAACCUGAGUUCAAGCAUGCAGUGGCACCGCCAUCACUGCGGUGGCUGCCGGCGGAGUUAUCAAAUAAAGUAGCCCGGACUCGACUCUGACAUUAGCAUAAAGUAAAGGAGCCAGCGCGGACUCGACAUCAGUCAGGAAAUGUGAUAAUCCUUGCUACCCAAAUUAGAAGAUAAUUUUAAAAGAAUUUCAUUAUCUUAAAAUAUAAGAUUACUUGUGAGAAAUAAGUUUUUAUUGAUUAUAUUUUUUUAAUAUUAUUUUUUAAGUAGGGUGAGAAUUAAAAUAAUAUUAUAGUAUAAUG